AACAGACAAGUUAUUCUUUGCGGGAAGAGAAGUAUAUAUAUAACAGCAGUUGUUGUACUCCGCUCUUUUAAUCCAACUAGAUUUUUAAUUAAUGCAAUUAUUCCAUGAUAUGAAAUGUUGAAAAACACUUCCUUAAGCUGAUAGCCAUUUCCUACUGGCACUCAGACCAAGUUGUUCGUUUAUAAUAGCUUGUGAAAAGAGUAAUGGCCAGCUUCGAAACAUGAGGAUAUUCUAUUUUGAGUCUUCUGUUCUGGCGUUAUGGCUUUUGUUUUUCUUCAAUGUUUCUCAUUUAACGUUAGCUGAAACAGCCGGUCUCUACAAUUCGCAGACAGAUGAUGUUGAUGUCUUGAACGAAAAUGAUUUCGUCCGAACUGUAACAGGAUCUUCCAAGUUAUGGUUUGUCGAAUUUUAUAACAGCUGGUGUGGACACUGCAUUAAUUUUGCCCCUCUGUGGAAAAAUCUGGCUACAAGCGUAAAACCUUGGAGCUGUUUUAUUCAUAUUGGUGCAAUCGAUUGUGCUGAUGAGAAAAAUGUAGAAAUGUGUCGAACCUAUGAUAUUAGUCUUUUCCCAACUAUUAAGACAUUUUUCCCACACUCAAAACCAAUUGAUAUUGGCACAGACUAUAAUAAAGCUCGUGACAGCGUAGACGUAUUGCGCCAUAACCUUAUAGACCUUUCUGUACAGUAUUAUAUGCAGUCUAAGGAUCCACAAUGGGAAACCUUAUCACCAAUUAACUCUGUUGAUGACAUUUUAAAAUAUCGUGUUUCAUCACACUCAGUUAUUGCUAUCAUUACUGAAGAUAAAGGCAGUUACUUGGGAAAAGAGGUAAUACUUGAUCUGAGUAAAUAUUCCAAAAUCCUCAUCAGAUCAAUGCUAUCAGACGUAGUUCCUGUAGAAUACCAGGUGACACAUUUCCCAUCUCUAUUACUAAUAGAUAAAAAAGGCAAACUCAAAACACGUAUACAUUCAAAUCUGACAACAAGGUUUUGUGUAAAUUACCUAAAAAAUGUAUCUGGUUAUGCUACCAAUAUUAGUGGAAUAAAAGACCCAUCAAUGGGUUACAUUGCCAGUAUGAAACCAACUCUUAAAAGCAUUCAAAUAAACAAGCCAGCUGCUCACAUGCAGGACCUACUCUCGGGAAUCCAUUAUAUGUUUCAGCAGGAGAUUGCAAUUCGAAAAAAUAUUAACGGCAAAUCAUUAAAAUCACUUCAAAAUUUCAUUGAAGUUUUGUCCAAGUACUUUCCUGGUGAAACAUCAGUUUCAAUUUACCUGAGUAAGGUCAAUUCUUGGCUUUCAACAAUCCAAUAUUCCAUCACUGGUAAAUCUUGGCUAGAAAAAAUUGACUCUCUACAGGCUGAAGAUGCUUUCUUGCCAAAGAAAAUAAUUUGGAUUGGAUGUCGGGGCAGCAGACCUCAAUAUAGAGGUUAUCCUUGUAGCUUAUGGACAAUUUUUCAUGCUCUUACUGUUAAUGCUUACUUAAAGAAUAGAAAUGAUCUUUUAUCAAAUCCAGCAGAAGUUCUUUCAGCCAUUUCUGAUUACGUCAGUAAAUUUUUUGGAUGUGAAGAAUGUAGCCGGAAUUUUCAGAAAAUGUCGCAAAAUAUUUCUUCUGUGAUUCACAGUCAUGAAGAUUCAGUGUUAUGGCUAUGGGAAGCCCAUAACAAAGUUAAUAAACGUCUUCACAAUGAUUUCUCUGAAGAUCCACUUCACCCCAAAAUUCAAUUCCCGUCCGUGGAAAUGUGUUCAACAUGUUACAACCAAAAUAUCAAAGACAAUUCAAAGAUAAUUAAAACUAAUCAGAAAUGGAAUAAAGCUGCAAUCUUGGACUUCAUGGUUCAUUUCUAUUCCACCAAUUUAAUCAAAGUCUCAGAAUCCAUUAAGAAUUCUUAUAAUAACCUGUUGGCCGAAAAUUCUGGCAAAACUGCUGAAUCAUUUUUAGGAAAGUUAGAGAACAGAACUGAAGAACUUGAUUGGUGGGAGAAAAAACAGAGAAAAAGAGAUUUACAGAAUUUACAUAGUGUCAAAGAACAAAGAAGACAAAAUCAUUUAAGAAAACUAAUUGAGAGAAAUGUUAAUCGACAUGAUCCUCAUUUAAAAGUCCGGUCUUCUCGGACAUUUUGGAUAUUUAGUGAGAUUGACAUAGGCAUGUGUAUUAUAUUUUACAUUUUUUGCUUAAGUCUUCUUAUUUUCUUAUAUUUCCAUUUUGCACGUCGGAAAGGCAAACGGUUGUGUAAGCUUUUACCAUAUUGACUGCAGAGAAGCAAUAAAUAUCUUAGCUUCUAUUGGCUUCUA